AUGAAUUUAGACGAACUCACAAACUACGCGGUCAAUCGAGAGGUGCUGGCGAAGCAGAAGGAAAAGCUACACCCUUUCGGAAUCGAACCGAAUGCUACAGCGAUUGCUUAUGUAAAGCAGGAACCAAGUACUAGUGGAAAAUCUACAUUCAACAAUGGAAGAGCAUUGAUGAGAAAUAGACGCACAGAUAUCGAGUGCAGUCGAUGUGGAUCAUGGAAACACCGCGAGGACUCCCGUGAUUGUUUUGCACGUAGCGCACGAUGCAACGGUUGUGGCCGCGUUGGUCACUUCGCAAGGAAAUGUCGGACGCAGGACCAGGUUAAUCAUAGUGGACCAUUGGCACGUCGUUCAUGGAAGCGCUCAUCUAAAACAAACGCUGUUCGAGAAGAAAAUCAUCCGAGGGAAGAACAUAUUCGCUAUGCUGAAUCGGGCGAAACGCGGGAGGGUGACGCUAGCAACAGCGGGAUGAUCACUUGCAAGAUCGAUUGCUUUCCCGUAGAUUUUUUGAUAGACUCCGGGGCAACAAUUAACACGGUUACCGAACAAGUAUGGAACGUCCUUGCCGCAAACGGAAUCACAUUGUACAAGAAAAAGUUUAAUUGCGAUAGGCGUGUUACCGCUUAUGCUAGUCAAGCACCUCUUGAAGUAUUGGUGAUGUUUGAAGCAUGGACAUCCGUAAAUGAUACCAAGCCUAAAGCCUACGCGGAGUUUUUCGUUAUCCAAGGAGCUUGCAAAUCGCUGUUGAGUAAAAGAACAGCUGAAGAUCUUAAAGUGUUGAAGGUCGGACUAGUUGUUAAUAGCAUUACCCUAAAAAGCGAUGCUUUCCCGAAGUUCCCGAAUGUCCAAAUAAAGUUAUCAAUCGACAAAUCGAUCCCUCCCAAGAAAUUGGCAUAUCUGAGAAUUCCGGCCGCUAUGGAAGAGAAAGUCGAUAUGAAAAUUCAACAAAUGUUGGAUAACGAUGUUAUUGAGCAAGCCAUAGGUCCCCCGGAAUGGAUUUCUCCGAUGGUAGUCGUGCCUAAAGGAAAGAACGAUAUAAGGCUGUGCAUCAAUAUGAAGCUUCCUAAUCAGGCAAUACAACGGGAGCAUUACCCAUUACCUAUGAUUGACACGCUCUUAAAUAAGUUGAAGGGCUCAACAUACUUUACGAAGUUGGACAUAACAUCUGCUUUCCAUCACAUAGAGCUGCACCCGGAAUCUCGAGGGAUCACAACUUUUAUGACAAACAGAGGUCUCAUGAGGUUCAAGAGAUUGAUGUGUAUCAAUUGCGCGCCUGAAAUUUUUCAGCGGGUUAUGUGCGACAUGUUGGCUGGUGUAGAAGGCGUUAUCGUUUACAUUGAUGACAUAGUGGUGGCAGGAAAAACCAAGGAGCAGCAUGAUGCUAGAUUGGAAGAAGUGUUAUCGAUCCUUCGUGAAAACAACGCAACACUUAAUAAAGAGAAAUGUUUAAUUGGCGUUAAACAGUUAGAGAUCCUGGGUUAUAAGGUCAGCCCAGCCGGGAUAAGUCCAUCAGAAGAUAAAAUUUCAGUUAUUCGAGAUUUCAGACAGCCAGAAACCAAAGAUGAAUCUGAAGCUGAGGAACCCUUUGACGAUGAUUCUGAGCACUAUCUAUGUGCGAUUGAAGAUAGAUUAGCAGCUAUUACUCUGGAUGAAAUUCGGAAUGAAACAGCUAAAGAUGAAACUUUGAUUGCAGUCAUUGAAGCGAUUCAUAGUCAAUUAUGGCCGCCAGGCCUUUUCCAUUAUCAGCCUUUCUCCAAGGAACUUGGACUAAUCGAUGAUGUACUAGUUCGAGAAGACCGUAUUAUACUACCAGUUAAUCUACGUACUAGAGCAUUAGAUAUUGCUCAUCGGGGACACCCAGGUGUGGUGACGAAUCCUUCGUGA